UUUAGAAUUUUGGAUCCAGAAAAUGUCCAUUCGAAGGCGUGCAAGAAAAUUGGAAAUUUCGAUGCCAACCAAUUUUGAGCAUCGUUAUCAUGCAGGGUUUGAUCCAGUUACCGGCCAGUAUCAUGGUUUACCAAAGCAGUGGCAGGCUAUAAUUGGUAUAACUCCCAAUAGACGGGAUCGUCCUCGACCGAUGGUUGAUCCCAGCUGUAUUACACCGAUGGAAAUGGCAGAAAUUAAGACAGUUGUUCGUGGAGAUGUGCUACAGCCAUUUCAUAAAGGAGUCGAUUUCGGUGGUGUGUCAAUGAGUAAUAAGUUGCGAAAAGAUCAUACGGAAUUUCAAGAUGGUGCUCAGAAUAAUUUUACACGAAUGGUACGCGCUUCCGAGGCAUGGAUACGCGUUCCCCAACAACCAUUAUCUGUACAUUAUUCUGGUGCACAACCAAUCUGUCACGCCCUGCAACAAUCGUCUCUCAAAUUUCAAGGACCCACUCCACUAGAAAUGCCACAAACCUCAACAUGGCAAAAUGGCAUACUGCAGCCUGUGCAUCUGCAACAGAACUAUGCACAAUGUGAUCUAGCAAAUGCUGUCGAAGUGUAUCCGGAAAGUUAUUCUGUACUGCAGCAAUCGAAUUUUCUCUGCAAUAGUGGACUACAAGUUAAAAUGAAUCCUUCACCAUCAAUAUUAUCUCAUAAUGAAGCAUCAGCGUACAGGCCCAAUAAUUCAGCGAUGAAUGGUAGUGUACGGCAGAAGCGUGAUGAGUCACAUAAUCGAUUAUCACAUGAGGAGUUCCGUGCUGCACUGAAAAUGGUUGUAUUGCCAGGCGAUCCUCGAGCGGACUUGAUAAAUUAUUCACAAAUUGGUGAAGGUUCCACCGGUGUUGUUGUAACUGCGCAUCAGAUUUCAACGGGAAAGAAAAUCGCUGUAAAAAAGAUGAAUAUUUUGAAACAGCAGCGAAGAGAGUUGUUAUUUAAUGAAGUUUUAAUUAUGCGUGACUACGAGCAUCCUAAUGUUGUUGAAAUGUAUGGAUCCUAUUUGGUAGAUGAUGAGUUGUGGGUAUUAAUGGAAUAUAUGGAAGGUGGAUCACUUACUGAUAUUAUCACCCAGAUGAGGAUCGAUGAACCAACAAUAGCAACUAUUUGUGCGCAAUGUUUGAAAGCGCUGGAAUAUUUGCAUUCUAAAGGCGUCGUACAUCGUGAUAUUAAAAGUGAUUCAAUAUUGCUCACAAAAGAUGGUGUGGCGAAAAUUUCUGACUUUGGUUUCUGUGGUCAGUUAUCUGUUGAUAUACCACAAAGACAUAGCCUUGUUGGAACACCAUACUGGAUGUCACCGGAGGUAAUAAGUAGGUUACCAUACGGUACCGAAGCUGAUAUAUGGUCACUGGGCAUAAUGGUCAUCGAAAUGGUGCAGGGAGAACCGCCACUUUUUAAUGUACAACCUUUGCAAGCAAUGAAAAUGAUUCGUGAUAAUGCACCGCCAAAAAUUAAUGAAACUGUGGACGUUUCACCUGAAUUAGCUUCAUUUAUUUCACACAUGUUGGUUCGCGAUGUAAAGCAACGUGCUACGGCGUCCCGACUAUUAAAUCAUGCAUUCUUGAAGAAAGCGUGCAGCCCAUCAGUAGUAUGUUCAGUGAUGAUUGCCAACAGAAAUGCUUGAAACUGAAGCUACAGGUAAAAAAAGAAAGAAUGAAAAGGUGAAAAGAGAAUGAAAAGUGGAAAGAAGUUUUUUUUAUUUAUUCUAGGUACAGAAAUCUUUUUGUGUAAUAUGUAGUCGCUUCUUGAAUUUUAC